AUGACCAUGGCUCUGAAGGACACGGGCACUGGAGGCAGCACUAUACUGCCCAUCAGCGAGAUGAUUUCUUCCACCUCUCCAGCGACGGCUGCCGCCACCUCCUUCACUGGUCCCUGUGCCCCCUCUCCAUUCCCCGAGGUGGUGGAACUGAACGUUGGGGGCCAGGUGUAUGUGACCAAGCACUCGACGUUGCUCAGCGUCCCGGACAGCACUUUGGCUAGCAUGUUCUCGCCGCCUAGUCCCCGGGGCGGCGCCCGGCGCCGCGGGGAACUACCCAGGGACAGUCGGGCGCGCUUCUUCAUUGACCGGGAUGGUUUUCUCUUCAGGUAUGUACUGGAUUACCUGCGGGAUAAGCAGCUUUCGCUGCCCGAACACUUCCCGGAGAAGGAGCGGCUCUUGCGAGAGGCCGAGUACUUCCAACUGGGCGACCUGGUUAAGCUGCUGUCGCCAAAGGUGACCAAACAGAGCUCACUCAACGACGAGGGCUGCCAGAGCGAUCUGGAGGAUAACCUGUCUCAGGGCAGCAGCGAUCUGCUCCUGCUACGGGGCGCCGCCUCGGCCGCCGCAGCCCCUGGCCCGGGAGGCAUCAGCAGCGGCUCCCUGCUGGAUAAGCGCUCCGGCUUCCUCACGCUGGGUUACCGGGGUUCUUACACCACGGUGCGGGAUAACCAGGCAGACGCCAAAUUCCGCCGCGUGGCACGAAUCAUGGUGUGCGGGCGCAUCGCCCUGGCCAAGGAGGUCUUUGGGGACACGCUGAACGAAAGCCGGGACCCUGACCGCCCCCCAGAAAAGUACACAUCCCGCUUCUAUCUCAAGUUCACCUAUUUGGAACAGGCGUUCGACCGGCUGUCGGAGGCUGGCUUCCACAUGGUGGCGUGUAACUCCACUGGCACUGCCGCCUUCAUCAACCAGUACCGGGAUGACAAGAUCUGGAGCAGCUAUACCGAGUACAUCUUCUUCAGACCACCCCAGAAAACAGUGUCACCCAAGCAAGAACAUGAAGAUAGGAAGCAGGACAAAGUCACAGACAAAGGUAGUGAAAGUGGGACUUCCUGUAAUGAGCUCUCCACUUCCAGUUGUGAUAGUCACUCAGAAGCCAGCACUCCACAAGAAAACCCAGCAAAUGCCCAGCAGGCAGCAGCACACCAACCAAAUACUUUGACAUUGGAUCGUCCCUCCAAAAAGGCACCUGUGCAGUGGAUGCCGCCACCAGAUAAACGUAGGAACAGUGAACUCUUUCAGACCCUCAUUAGCAAGUCUCGAGAAACGAAUCUUUCUAAAAAGAAAGUGUGUGAGAAGCUGAGUGUAGAAGAAGAGAUGAAAAAAUGCAUUCAGGAUUUUAAAAAAAUCCACAUUCCAGAUUAUUUUCCAGAACGCAAACGCCAGUGGCAAUCGGAACUGUUACAGAAGUAUGGCUUAUAG